GCAAUACGGUGUCCCGAGCGAUAUUAUAAAUUUACCAUGGCUGCAUGGGAACUUUUGAAAGAUCAAAACUUUCGCCUUGAUGGAAGAAAACCAACAGAAUUGAGACGUAUAGAAACGAGGUUGGGUGUCUUUCCCAACGCCGAUGGCUCUGCCUACCUAGAACAGGGUAACACAAAAGUUUUAGCUACAGUCUAUGGACCUCAUGAAGUUAAGGGCGGCAGGGGACGUUCUAAUCCCGAUAAAGCUGUUAUCAAUUGUCAAUUUAGCAAGAGUGCAUUUAGUAGUUCUGAGAGAAAGACUCAUAUGAAAUUUGGUCGAAAUUCCAGCGAAACGAAUCAGCACUUGGUUCAAGCAUUAAAUGCUGCUGUUAUGUCCCACUUAUACGCGCGAUGUCAAAUUGAUGUAUACGUAGAAAUAGUUCAAUCCGAUGGAAGCGACUUCUGUGCUUGUCUUAAUGCUUCAACUCUAGCUCUAAUUGACGCUGGUAUUGCUCUAAAGGACAUUGUCACCUGCUGCUCUGCUACAAUAGUAGAUGAGAAAUCAGUUGUGGAUGUAAAUUAUGUAGAGGAAUCGUCUGGUAGUGCUGUUCUAAUUGUUGGCCUUUUACCAAAAGAUGAACAAAUUGCUUACAUGCAAAUGAAAGGUCGAUUACACGCUGAUCAUUUGGAAAAGCUACUUGACUGUGCUGUUGAAGGCUGUCGAAAUAUUAAUAACAUUCUUAAGGAAAGAAUAGGAGAACAUUUGAAAACUCAUUCUAGUCACUUUACUUUAACGCGUCCUGCCACGCCUGGUCGAGCAGAACGGUCUCGCCCCGCGAUCGCUUGA